AGCUUACUCUUACUCUUGUAACUCUGUUUCCACUGUGCGUCUUUCUAUAUGUACAUCGGCUUGUCGAGCCUCUCGUCUAACGUACAUCCAGUAAUUCUUCAAUUCCUGCAAUGCCUUCAAUAGUUCCACUACCCGCCUCCCGGAUCCCCUCCAUCAAGCCGGAUACAAGAUCGUUACCAAGGAUACUUUGUCUGCACGGCGGCGGUGUCAAUGCAGCCAUCUUCGAAGCCCAGUCGCGAUCACUCAUCAAACACUUGCAACACUCUUUUCGUCUGGUAUGGGCAGAUGCACCCUUCUUUUGCGACCCGCAUCACGACGUGAUCGACGUCUACGGUUCAUACGCGCCUUUCCGUCGCUGGCUGAGAUGGUUACCAGAGCACGCAGAGAUUGACGCCGAGAGCUGCAUUGAAGAGAUUGGCUAUGCAAUCCGGACCACAAUGGAAGAUGAUGACCGAGAAGGUGGCACAGGGGAAUGGGUAGGGCUGAUGGGGUUCAGCCAAGGUGCGAAGAUGUCCGCAAGUAUUCUGCUCGAGCAGCAGGCCAGAGAAGCAGAGGCGCGAAGAACGGGACGAGGCAUCGAUGUCGGUUUUACAGGAGUGCCAGACUUGCACUGGCGGUUCGGGAUCUUACUCGCAGGAAGAGCUCCGCUCAGCAACCUGAACCCAGGAGUUCUGUCGAGCCCAGCGUUAGUAGACGCAAGCGACUUGUCUGAAGGCUUCCAAUUCUGUAAAGAAGUGGACGAGGAUACGAUACUGCGGAUGCCUACUUUGCAUGUGCAUGGCAUGGCUGAUGCAGGACUACACCUCCACAGAAAACUAUUACACGAUUACUGUUCGCAAGACUCCACGACACUGGUAGAGUGGGAAGGCGCACACCGAAUACCCUUGAAGAGCAAGGACGUUGAUAAAGUCAUUGGCGCUAUCUAUAACAUUGCGCAAGGAACCGGAGUCAGAGUGAAUAGAACCUUAUAGCUAUCCAGGCAGGAACGCAAAUGAACUCGUUGGCACCUCGUCCGGCUUCUCCUGGCGACCUUCCCCCUCCGCGGAACUCCCACGCUAGCGCCACUAUCGACUUCUCCCUUUCUGUUCAACUUACUUCCUCACCAAGACACAGUCAAGCAACAACUUGCGAUUAGUCAAUGCGACCAGUCGUCACUCCGCAAGAUACAAUUCUGAGUCAAGCUCGCGAUAAUGAAAGUCAUGACGUAUAGGCGGGUGUCACGCAGAUAUCUUG